UUGUCCCUCGCUCUGUCGGGCUGCAUACCUCACCGGCAGGAAUGUGAUUGUGCUGCAGCUGAGGAGUCGUCAGACUUGUGGCUACAAGCACAAAGUCGAUUGCAUCACAUCCGAGAAGUGUGAUGCAGUGACAUUACAGAAGGCAGCAGGCGCACGAUGGCACUAUGUCUGCCUCUCGGCCUGCUAACAUGAGAGGCCCCCGGGUGAAGACCCCUCUCCUCCUGCUGCUGCUGCUGGUAUUGAUCUCUCUGACUGGGACAGCUUUGUGUCAAACAGAAGAUGACGAUGCAGGACUGGAGGCCAACGCACCAGAAGAGCACACAGAAGACUUGGAACCGACUGUUACCACAGAGACCACAGAGAUUCCCGUGGAUUCUGAUGCACCUCCAGCACCAGACCCUUCAUCCACAGAUGAUCAAGUUACAGAGGACAUAUACAAUGAUGGCUCAGGAACCGAUCACAACCAGUUUGACGAAAGCACAUUGGCAGGUAUAGAGCUCUCCGGCAUCACAGAGGAUCCCACACCAGGAGACGACGCAGAAAAUCUGGGUCCCAUCAUCAUCGCCGUCCUCGUGGUGCUGGUGGUCGUGAUCAUCGGCGUGAUAGUUUGUGGGAUUUUCAUCAGCCGCAAGUGGAACAGCAAAAAGAGAAACCAAGAGCUCAGAAAGGAAGAUCCAUAUCUGGAUGGAUCCAGCACAGAGAAGGUGCCAAUGCCCAUGUUUGAAGAAGACGUCCCCUCUGUACUGGAGCUGGAAAUGGAAGAGUUCGACCAAUGGAUGGCAAAAGACAGUGAAACAGCAGAGGACUCUAAUCAUGCAUGAUUCUAAUUAUGGUUAAAGAGAUGCUCUCCCACCAAACAAGGACACACAGUCGUCAGUGCAGCUUUGGCAACUUGGAUGUUCUGACCUUUCUACAACAAUCCAGCAACAUUUUCUCACUACAGGAGUUGAUUUAACUGCCUGGAAACAUCAUCAUGAGACUUUGGGGACACUCACAAUCAUGACUUUUGUUUUGAAAGCAAAACCUUCAGCAAGAAAGAUUAAUCUCAUCGUCUGCGGUGGAGAGCAACGUGCAACAGUUGGACCUUCUUGUGUUAAACAGUGGCUCUUUUUUCAUGUCAGUGAUCGGUGUUUUGCCAUCAUGCAUUUCUUCUGCUGUGCUUUGCCUGUUUUUAUUGUUUAUUGUACUACAGCAGGGAAAUGAAACGCAUUUUCUGUCUCGUAGAAUCAGUUCCAAAAACUGUCCCCAGCUGAUUCACACUGUUAAAGAGCAUGCGUCCGUCUUCAAGCCCAGCAAGUCAACACUCCUCGUCACCCCACACACAGACACGACUGCUCUCACUGGCUGCUGACGGCUUAUCUGCGGCUCACAGCCUCUUUAUUGUGUUACACUGCGUGACUCCCUGCAGCUGCAGGUCUUUUAAGGGGAAAUAUCCUGUUGAUGAUUGUAGGCAUGCAUGACAGAGAGGGCCACUCCUUCUUCAUGCCUGUGCAGAGUUGGUUCCCAGAAUGAGUUUUAUGGGGAAUGAGUUUUUAGUGAGACGCUGAUUGAGAUCUCAGAGUGUGAAAUCAGACGCCUUCUGUGUUUGAGUCUUUUUGAUAAAUCUCUGGAUUAGCUUUCCAAAAGCUGCUACUGAUAAGAUUUUGAUCUCACCAUAGAAUCAGACUGAAUACAUAUAAUGUCUCUACAGAUGCUCUAAGAUGUUUUUGUCCCCAGUCGUUACACUGAUCUAAAUGUGAGUACAAGUGUCUGUGAGGAUUUUGCAGAACCUUGCAUUGUAAAUAUGGGAAUACAGAAAACCAGAGGAUAUUAUUUUCACGGAGUGCCUUCUGUAAAUAUUUCAUAUGAGGCUGUAGUGGGUUUUUUUGUUUGCUGAUGAAGCUUUGAAUAAAAUUUCAAAGUCAAAUGUG